AUUACAUCGGAUUCGGAGUAGGGUUAAACUUUAUAGAUAAACUCAUUCGGAAAUGAUAACGACCUGAUUCCUCCAGUGAGUGAAAAGCAAAAGGCCCGGAAUAAAAAAGUCGAUAUUAUGGCGGACCCAUUUAUUCCACGCGAUCCCCUUGGCGAAGGUGAACAAGGAACAUCGAUCGCCCCAGAAGGAACUCGUGUCCACCAGCACAACUCCACCGCGACCCUGCAUCCCGCAGGAGUUCUGGUGGGCACCGGGCAAAGCGGGCCCAGCACGUGUUUUGCAACUGCCACUACUUCAACGACGACUGCAGUGCGUGCCCCCCAAACGUCGACGAGCGGCAAUAAAAUCAAUGCUGCAGUAGGUGGAAAUACGGGAAAGAACGACGACCCAGCUGCAAAAUCGAAGCCGUCGCUGGCGGAGCAGAACGCGGUAUACCAAAGGGAGAUCGACGAAUACCUGAAGCAGAUCGUGGGCGAAGAUGCCGCAUUCUCCGGUGACGCGGGCUCUUCGACCUCGCACCAGCAGGCUGCCGGGAUUUCCUUGCCUGGGCAGAGUGCAAGAACUACUUCUCGCAGUAGCAAUCUGAACGUGGUAGUGUCACCGCUACGGCAACCAGAACUUCUACAGGGAGAUGCUGGUGCAGAUGUUUUGAACCAACACCCGCCUGGAAGUAGUGAAAAAAUUCUGCCCGUGGUCGAACACGCCCUCGCCGAAGACAACGAAUUCUUUGGGUCUCCCGGAGAAGAAAAAUCCGGUUCGGCGAGUUACGAAAGUGCUAUUUCACCCGGUCCGAGACAGCAAGCUUUGCUGGAAACGAUGGUGAAAGCGAAAGGUAACGGUGUAGUUGUCGGUCGCUCGUCCUCUAAUUCGGCUUCGCCCGGAGCCGGAAUAGGAGAACAUCAACGAAGCGUAGCGGCAAAUACAACAUCUUCGUCCAUCGAGGAGCGAACGCGCGCGGAUUUUGAGCGCUGGCGGGAAGAGAGCCAGCAAAAGAGCUACAGAGCAGCAGGGGGUGGUGGAACUAGUAUUGAUAAAACAGAAGUAGAAGCUGGGACUUCUAAUAUUGCCGUCGACGCAACGAAUGCCGGCGGUGCAAGAAACAACAUUCCGGCGGGUGUAGAAGUUGUCCAGCCAGUUGACGUCGGGGUAUCUUCUGCUGCGGCGAGCUUUGAGCAGCAAGGCGGCGCCCGGGUGCGUGGUUCUUUUCCACCGGGCGUGCACCCGCAUCAACAGGGGGUUUUCGUUUACUCUUCCGCAGAGGGCGAAACAAUAAGCUCGCCAGCGCGACGCUUCCUCCGCCAAGCGGAUUUGCGAUUGGGCGUGCAAACUGGAAGUACUACAACUACUAACCUCGCGGCCGAGGGGAAGAUGCCACGGUCGGCGAAGGGAAUUCCGGAAUCAACGCGAGGACCUGCUCGCGAGGCACGGAGCGGCGUACGAAAUGUCGAAAACAAGGACAAGCAAAAUUACAGUACAACAGGCAACAUCCAACCGCUUUCCGCUGUGUCGGAGCGCGCGGACGCCGCAGCCAGAGAGCACGACCGCCAGCUCACGGAGUCUUCGCUCGCGGACGCGCAGCGUCGGGUGGCACAGCUGCAGAACGAGCUGGCGCACCAGCAACAGACGAACGAUAUCAAAUGCAAAAAUGUCUGGGUCUGGAAAAAUACAAACUUGUGAUGCGCAUUUCAGAACACAGAAAAAUCUCUCAUGCAUAGCAGGCAGCAAAAGUUGCACACUUUCUGUCACCGAAAUGGGGGAUUUGUCAUGCGGAUUCGGCAUUGCGGAAGCUUCUCGAAACCUGUGAUGCUAGAGCUUCCAUGCCAGACCUUUUGCGUCAUGCAAAAACAGUGUGACUCUUCCAGACCCAGACAUUUUUGCAUUGGAUAAACGAAAACGUGCUCCAAAACCUGGUGACCACGCAGGAUUCCAACCGACAGCUGCACGCACAGUUUGAGACCCAGGAGAAGCAGAUCGCGCUUCUGACCGACGUAUCAAAUGCAAAUAUGUCUGGGUCUGGAAGAGAGAGUCAUGCUGUUUUUGCAUGACACAGAAGGUCUGGCAUGGAAGCUCUAGCGUCACAGGUUUCGAGAAGCCUUCGCAAUGCCGAAUCCGCAUGACAAAUCCCUGAAUUUGGUGACAGAAAGUGGGCAACUGUUGCUGCCUAUGCAUGAGAAAUUUUUGUGUGUUCUGAAAUGCGCAUCACAAGUUCGUAUUCUUCCAGACCCAGACAUGUUUGCAUUCGAUACGACGAGGUGCUCGCGAAGGAGAAAGAGCUGCAGCUGACCGUUGUGAAGCACGAACAGCUGCAGGAAACACGGAGCGAGGCCCACGCGGAGGAGCUGCGAGGGCUGGAAGCGCGGCUCGAGGAGGUGCGCGCCCGCACGACGACCGCGCACGCGGCCUUCAAGCAGCGGGUCAAGAAGUUGCUGCAGUCCCUCCACGCGGAACUGCGCCACGUGCGGGCGAACUACUUCGAUUUGCGGAAUAACGCGCGGGCGGAGUUUGAGUCCUUCUACCACGAGAUCCUGCUGCAGAUCAGCCGGCAGGCCGUGGCGGAUCUGAAGAAAAAAUUCGCAAAAUGCGCGGAUACGGAAGCGGAUUUGCGCAAACGCGUGCAAGCGCUCAAUACGGAACUCCAGGAGGAGAAGCGGGCCCGGAAGAACGAGGUAGCGUCGGGGCAAUUGCGUCACGCGCAGCUGCAAGCAGAAGUGGAUCAAGUGAAAGUAUUAAGUUAGUACUUGAUGAACUACCGCUGCCUUUCUUGUAUUGAAUUUGAAAUCAGGCAUCAUGAAGUACUUUAUCUUAAAUAUGAAACUUUGUAAUUUUGUUGUUGACGUGGUCGAGAUCAGAUCGAUGAGGAAAACGUCGAACACGAAACGUAAGCGAGGAGUUGUUCUCUCACUGCUCCUACGUCGAACAAAACAUCAAAACAAGAUGGACAAUCACAAAGGUGAAACACGCCAAGGACGCGGGUGCCGCCGCCGCACAGAUUCAGCAGCUGGAGACCAGCUUACGCGAGGAGCGCGAAGCUUUUUCCGCCGAGCGCCUGGAGUUCGAGGGAAUUAUGGACGAGGGUUUGCGGUACAAAAACGACGCGGAGGAGCUGAUUCGCAACGCAAAGACGACGUGCGCGCAGCUGAACGAGGAGCUGCAACAGGUCAGGUCAGAGAACGUCGAGAAGCAGAGUCUGUUGGAAUCCCUGCAGAAGAAGAAUCGCGAGCACGAGGACACCGUCCACACCGCGCAGGUCAAUUGUGACUUGCUGCGGGAACAGGUUGCGGACCAAAAAAAGAAGUUUCAGGAGAAUUACCAGUUGGAGAUCGAGAACAUCCUUAUCACGCGGAAGAAAGCAGCUACUUCUAGCGGAUCAUGUUUGUACUACUGCAAAAAAAAAUUUGAUUAGAAAAAGCACACAUUUAUUAUUGGAGCCGGUACUAGGAUGCUUUGUUGUACGAUAUGCGAUUCAUUUGUGCAACAUUUCAGUAUGCUAGUAGCUUUUUUCCGUGCGCGAUACUCCAGCGCAACUACGAGGAGAAGGUGGCGACCUUUUCCGAAGCGGGGCACGCGAUGGGGACGGACAUGGCCCGAAACGUGCAGCUGUUGCAGGAUGAUCUGAAGCGGUUCCGCGCGGAGAACGAGGCCUUGAAGCUCGACAAGAAGGUGGCGGACGCGGAAGCCAUCGAUCUGUACAAGGACCGGGACCUGUUCCAGUCGCGACUGUCGCAGUUGGAAGAGGAGAAUAAGCAGAUGGAAAAGCUGUUCGCGGAGGCUCGGCUCGCCUGGGGCCACCGCGAGGAGCAGCUGCUGCGGGAGGUAGAAACCAGCGCUAUCAAAUAAAGGAAAAAUCCCCCCUCCCCAUAUCGAAAACGAAAUUUGUGUUGCUGUAUUUGAGUACACAAAUUGACUUGUAGUUUUGCUAGAAGGCCAAGAGACGCAGCUGCUCCCUCCUUUGCAGGCCAUUUGUCAUGCUGUUUUCCAUUUACCUUGGCCUCCUGUCAUGCUGAAGACGCAAGGCUCUCCUACGCCACCCAGCACUAGAGUUUGCUUCUUUUGCCUUCUAGCAUGACAACGCGAUUUGUGGUCUCAAAUCAUGCUACACAAAUCUCCGCUCCAGUAUGGGGAGGGGGGAUUUUUCAUUUUGAUAAGCGCCAGCAAGGAUCUGAUGGUGCGGAAGUUGCAGCAGGACCGGCGGGACCUGGAGCUGGCGACGCGGGGGAACGAGCAGGUGCUGAGCGAAAAGAUAAAGCAACUGGCCGGAAUAUCCUGUGUAAAAACGUCCCCACCUCAGAGUUGUCAUGCAAAUCUGCAUCCCAAAAAAGUUUCCGACUGGUUGGUACUUUUCUUGGGGCGACUUGCCGUGGUAGCGCUCGGCUUUUGUAUGAUGAGGUUGCCGAAAGUGCUUCCUCGCCCACCCCCCGGGGAGGGGAUCCUUGACCUGUGGCGCUGGGAGCGGGUGUCCACUACAUGAUGAUGAUGAUGAUGCGGAGCCCCAUGAGAAGCAACUCCUAUUCGCGUUUUGGAAUUUGUGAUGCUAGAAACAGCAUCACGUGCUAGAUCUGUGAUGCUGCUGUAGUAGCUAAACAGGAUGACCCUGCGAGGCCAAACUUGUCAUGCGAAACAAACAAAGCUGGUUGAUUUGUCUAGCAACUUUCCCAUCUUGACUCUGGUAUGGGGACGUUUUUCCACAGGAUACGGAAAUUUGGAAGGAUUGGAAAAAGACUACAAGCAGGAGAUACGCUUCAGGCUGCAUGAAUACGCAACUCUCUGCAAAACAAGCUCUUGGGUCGUGCGGUCCUCGCUCGUUCUCCUUACAUACAAGCUAUAACUGAGCGUGACUUCUAUGUACUGCAACUACAGGCAGCUCCUGUCAUCUGUGGUGAAUCAUUUUCAUCGAAUCAUACCGGAAUAUAGAGAAUUCCGCUGAAGAGCUUCAAGGAGCUAGAAGCAUCAAGGCAUGACUCGUGACGAUGCGUUUCUUUGACGUUCUGGUUCCUGGUCAGAGCCAGAAGUGAAGUAGGCGAAGACCCGCUGUAAGACUUUUGUUUUGCAGGGGAUAACACAGAGGAAAAGGCAAAGGAAAUGCUGAUGGAGAAGGAGGAGGAGGCGAAAGGGAAAACAGAGGUACUUUCUUAUAUAGUUCUUUCCGGGCGGCAUUUAAAAGUUUGCAAUUGAGUAAACACAGUGGCCUACGACCAGGAACUGCAAGUAAAAUCUUGACACUACUAUCAGGAGCUCCAUCGUCUCCAGUUGGCCGCCGCGGAGGCCGUCGAGCGUAGCCGCAUUGUGGAAGAGAAUCUUUCGCAUGAGCGUAAGCAGUCGGAGAAGCUAAGGCUCCAAUACGAGAAGUGGCGCGAGGAACACCAAGCCCAGAUGCAGGGUGUACGGGAAAAGUACGAAAAGGCGCUCGCGAAAUGUAGCGAGGACAGCGGUAUCCUCUAGUUUAGAGAUGAUGAUGCGAAUUAUUAUACUUUUCGUGUGAGUUUUACUUGCCCUUGCAAACUCAUAGUAGGUACAACUCGUGUUGCAAUCUGCAAAUCACGUUCUGUGAGGUAAACUGAAGUCGCGCGUGACGGAGCUGGCGGCCGAGGCGAACAAGGUCGGAGAGCUCGUUUUGGACAAGGACAAGGAUAACCAGAGCCUGUUCGGCUACUUCGAGGAAGCGCAGAAGUCGAUCGCCUGGCUGAAAACGGAACAGGAGAAGGAGAACCGAGCGCACGAAAAACUGAAGCAGCGCUACCAGGAGGACACCGCGGAUCUGGCGUACCAACUAGAGCAGAGCAAGCGGAAAGAAACGGAACUGCAGCGAAAACGGGAGCAAGACCGUACUCAUUCGGUUUUUUUUGCUUUUCGUUUACUGCAAAAGCCAUUUUUUUUCCUGACCGCACAUUAUCAUAUUUAUCACUUUUGUUUACGACAAAGAUCAAAUCUCAAGACAGUUCAAGCUCCUUAUCAUCUGAGUGUAAGUAGUGCAUGAUUUUUACUGGUUUGCUGUUCCCCCAGGAACGUCGGCCUGAACUUUUGGUCUCCGUCGAACUGAAAUGUGGAGCUUCAUGCUGCAAAAGAAGUAACCCCAAAAUUUCCGUUCUCGCAACCAAAACAGGUCUCCAAUUCGAGCGUGAGCUCGGCGUCCAGAUCAACAGCGUGAAGUCACAAGCAGAGGUGGAAGUGAAGAGGGCAAAACAGGAGUAUCUGAAGCUCCUGGAGGACGCGGACCGGCGGUUCCGGGAUUCCCUGCAAAAGGAAAAAUCGAAGUUCGUGCAAACGCUCGCGGACGAGAAGGUUCGGCUGAACGAGGAAAAAAGCCGGGUCGUUGAGUUGAAGGGAGAGCUUCGUCGCUUCGCGCUGCGAUAGAAGCUCUUUGACUACCUACACCAACUCAAGGACUAACUGCGAAACGCUGUACUACAUGUUGUCCUACACGACCAUCUUUGAUUUGAGUACUCCAAUCCACAUCUAGUGCUACAACUUCCACUUCCAUGUUCGGUCGUGAUUGAUCAUGGAAGGAUACUUCACGAGGUCCUCGUGUACCCGGCUUGAGGCAGAUUGUUUUUGUGGCUAACAUGCGACGAUCACGAUGCUGCAUUUUGAAAGUUCUUCGGCAAGAACGCCUAAGCCAGCCCCAGCGCCGGCCAGUGGUAGCUUUGCACUUAGGUUGUACUAUCUUCGGA